AUGGCUGCCACUAAAGAAUUCCCCCUCCUCUGCUUGGAGAACCCUCUCCUUGACAUCCAAGCCUUCGCUGACGAGAGCCUUCUGAACAAGUAUGGAUUGAAGGCGAACGACGCCAUUUUGGCCGAGGAGAAGCACAUCCCCUUGUACGAGGAACUUCUCAACAACUACGAUGCGAAGCUCAUUGCCGGCGGCGCCGCCCAGAACACGGCUCGGGGCGCCCAAUACAUACUCUCCCCCAACAGCGUCGUAUACCUCGGCGGUGUAGGUGACGACAAGUAUGCCGCUAUCCUGCGCGAUGCGGUGAAGCAGGUCGGCCUGCGGGUUGAGUACCGCGUCGACCCCAAGACACCUACUGGCCGUUGCGGCGCCAUCAUCACCGGCAUGAACCGCUCUCUCUGCACAGACCUCGGCGCCGCCAAUCUCUACGACAUUGAGCAUCUGAAGCAGCCUGAGAUCUGGAAGCUUGCCGAGAACGCCGACUUCUACUAUGUUGGCGGGUUCCACUUUACCGUCUGCCCGCCAGCCAUCAUGGCCCUAGGGGAGGAGGCCGCCGCCAAGAACAAGACUUUCAUCGUCAACCUUUCGGCGCCUUUCAUUCCUGAGUUCUUCAAAGACCCGCUUGACGCCUCAGCCCCAUACUGGGACUAUAUAAUAUGCAACGAGACCGAGGCCGCCGCCUAUGCUAAAUCCCAUGGCCUCGCCGACAUUGCCGAGGAUAUCCCUGCCAUCGCCAAGGCUCUCGCUAAUCUUCCCAAGAAGAACACACAACGGGCCCGCGUUGCGGUCAUCACUCAGGGGACGAACCCUACCGUCGUUGCCGUUCAGGGCCAGGACGAGGUCAAGCAGUUCCCAGUCCACGCUAUCGGUGCCGACAAGAUUAACGACACCAACGGCGCCGGUGACGCCUUUGCUGGUGGCUUUGUUGCUGGUCUCGUCCAAGGCAAGGAUAUUAAUACCGCUGUGGAUAUGGGACAGUGGCUUGCGGCUUUGAGCAUUCAAGAGCUCGGUCCUUCGUACCCCUUCCCCAAGCGGACUUACCAACCUUCUUCCUAA